CCUUCUAGAAGCCAGGGUGUGAAGGUGACCACAGCUCCCCUAGCAGGGGCUGCUUGGGAGCCAUCACACAUCACACGUCAUCAGUGAGAGCAGGAGCGGGAGCGCCGAAGAGUGGGCUGAGACCGUGAGGGGUCUCGAGGAUACGGUUCGAGGCACAGAGGGGACAGUUGGGAUCAGCUUGGGGGCCCAGAGCCCAGCAAGCCAGCAGAGAGCAGCCAGGUGGAGCCUAGCCAACCUGUGAGGUCGCACUCCGAGGCCAGCAUGCCCAGGACCAGGCAGAGCAGCCUUCGAGGGUCGUCGUCUCGCCGCUCCCGCACCGACAGAGCCGAGCUGACCUUCUCUGUGAGCCUGGUGGAGCACCAUCUUCGUGAGAGCGGCCAUGCCCCGAGGCUGAGCGAAACAGUGCCCAUCUUGCUGACCGCCAUCCUGGAGUUCCUGACACGCAGGCUGCUGGAGCUGGCAAGCAAUGAGGCCCAACGCCUAGGCGCCCAGAGGCUCAUCACCCCUGAGAUCCUAGACUUGACCGUCUACAACAACACCCUUCUGAGCCAACUGUUGCAAUUCACCACCAUCUCUCAGACGGCCCCAGCUGGACGUCGUCGUCGUCGACGUCAGACCUAGCUACUACCUGCUGCUGCCUCUGCUGCCGCCUGGCUCUGGGUCGCUGACUGGC